CCCCUAAAAUGGUUGUCCGGAAGAACAACUCAACUAUUCCCCGGGCAGGCAUGCCGCCAGCAGAUGCAGCAUCAUUUCGCCGCUACCGAGCAACUAAUGAGCGCACCACAGCCAUGGAACGCUGUCAAAUUUGGAACUGCACAUGGGAUGAGGGGGAUAAGGUGCGAGAUUCCGUGCGCCACAAGCUUCUUCGACCAUCGGGCCAGUUCGCUUCAAAGAAAAUGCUAUUCAAAGACCUCACCGUCAGCGAAGGCGAAGAGCUCGUGUACUGGAUGUUCUCGUCCAACAAGGACAGCGGCCUAGUCGAGUGGGCAGAUCUAGUUGCCGAAGUAAUGGCAGAGUUCCCCGAAUAUUCUGCCCCAGAUCCAAUGCCAAUGGAACCAGAAAUGGACAACAAGUGGUUCGGCUAUCAAAUGCCAGACGACUACGACCCAGAACCCAAACGCAUCGCCCGCGUCCCUUACGACAUCCGCCUCAAAGCCACCCGCGACCUCUUCGUCUUGGAAUCACAAUACAUGAAAAACACCCCAUCCCUCCGCGACGAAACAACCUGGGUCCGUAAACGUCACAACGCCUCCUUACUUCCAGGUCCCCACCACAGAGCACGCACCAAAAACGCCCCCGUCCAGAAAAUCCAUCGAAUGACACGCCGCCUCAUCGUCCGCAACUGUCAAAAUCCCGAGAAGUUCUUCACCGAACGCCUCACCUCCCUCGUGGCAGACGACACCAACCUGAAAGAUCUAAGUUCCAUCGAAGUGACGCGUCUCGGUGCUGAGAUCGUAGCUAGGAAGUGGACGGAUCCUGUCGAUGAGUUUUGGAUUUCUUAUAAGCGGAGAAGUGAUGGGAAGCAGGUGGCGAUUGGUAGGGAUCGUGAUUUGGAGAAUUCGCUCAUCGAUACUGAGGGGGAGAAGGGUGCGGUUUGGGAGGUUGAGGUUGUGAGUGGAUCGGACGUUCCUGAGGAGGUGAUGGAGAGGAGUUAGUGGUGGUUGAAAUUGAAUCGAAGGGAAGAGAACGAGAAGGAGAGGGUUUUGAUGUAGGUCGUGGAGGCCAGAAAUGCUGGAUAUGCUGCAGAGGACUUUUCUGCGGUGAUAGCUUGCGUAGUGCAGGUGAAUAGGCUUGUCGCUCUUGGAGGCUGUGGGGGGCUUCUCUGGGCGAGCUGGUGUAACACUCGUUCUCAAAUUUCAUAUGUAAUUCAAUUCUAACUCGCUACGAAAG